GAGAGGCUGCCGUGUCACUAUUCCCCUCCCAGCUCAAUUAGCCAAUCAGCGGAGGCCCUGGCAGGCAAGAGACAUAAAGCAGAAGAUUGCAGCACAGAGACAGAAGGAGCCUGAGAAAGGAAUUGGGAACUGCUUACCAAACACACCCAAUCCACCAAAAAACCUGCUGGGGACAAUAACUGCUCAGAGAGACGCCUUCCCUUCCUUUCUGCUUUACAGACGGACACAACGCUACCAAGGGCGGAGAUUUCUUUUUUUUUUUUUUUUGGAGAAGACUGUCUUUUCUUUUUCUUUUUUUUUUUUGUUUAAAUUUCAAUCGACCUAGUAGCCAGCUGAUUUUCUUCUGUGUGCCACGCAAAGCCCAAAACAAACCAACAACAAAAAAAAUUAUAUUAUUGUACAAUAUCAAAUACUAUCUCUGUGCAUCCUGAAUAUCUUGUCACAAAGCCAAGCGGCUAUCCAAGACCCAUCCUCCGGACCCGAUCCCUCUUUCUACAUCGAGAAUGGUUACACAGAUAAUCAGCACCAUGGAGACUCAGGUGUCUAACGGUCCCACCGCAAACAGCCUCCCUAACGGGCCAGUGAUGGGCAGCAGCAGCUCCACAGACGACAGCAAAACCAACCUGAUCGUCAACUACCUGCCGCAGAGCAUGACCCAGGAGGAGUUCAAGAGCCUGUUCGGCAGCAUCGGGGACAUUGAGUCCUGCAAGCUGGUCAGAGACAAGAUCACAGGGCAGAGUCUGGGCUACGGCUUCGUGAACUACGUGGAUCCCAACGACGCCGACAAGGCCAUCAACACGCUGAACGGGCUCAAGCUCCAAACCAAAACCAUCAAGGUGUCGUACGCCCGCCCUAGCUCCGCCUCCAUCCGCGAUGCCAACCUGUACGUGAGCGGCCUUCCAAAGACCAUGAGCCAGAAGGACAUGGAGCAGCUGUUCUCCCAGUACGGCCGCAUCAUCACCUCCCGCAUCCUGGUGGACCAGGUCACAGCAGGCGUAUCGCGGGGCGUGGGCUUCAUCCGCUUCGACAAGCGCAACGAGGCCGAGGAGGCCAUCAAGGGCCUAAACGGGCAGAAGCCGCUGGGCGCAGCCGAGCCCAUCACCGUCAAGUUCGCCAACAACCCCAGCCAGAAGACGGGCCAGGCUCUGCUGACCCAGCUGUACCAGACCGCGGCCCGCCGCUACACCGGUCCCCUGCACCACCAGACACAGCGGAUAAGACUCGACAAUUUACUAAACGCCAGCUACGGAGUCAAGAGCUCUCCCUCUCUCCUCCCCAGGUUCUCCCCCAUCACCAUCGACAGCAUGAGCAGCCUGGCGGGGGUCAGCCUGACCGGGCCCACGGGGGCCGGCUGGUGCAUCUUCGUCUACAACCUGUCCCCGGAGGCAGACGAGAGCGUGCUCUGGCAGCUGUUCGGGCCCUUCGGAGCCGUCACAAACGUCAAGGUGAUCCGUGACUUCACCACCAACAAGUGCAAGGGCUUCGGUUUCGUCACCAUGACCAACUACGACGAGGCGGCCAUGGCCAUCGCCAGCCUCAACGGCUAUCGCCUUGGCGACCGUGUGCUGCAGGUCUCCUUCAAGACCAGCAAGCAGCACAAGGCCUGAGCCGCGGGGAGGGCGGGGGGGCAGAGAGGGAUUCAUCGCCACGACUCCUUAAAACCUGCAGGGGGAGCAACUGAGCUUCCUAGUACAUUCACCCUCCCAUGGGUUUGGAUAGUCUCUCACACACACAAACACGUGCACUUAUAUACACAGAAACAGUCACACACAAAUGCGAAACACA